AUGCUAGCAUCUCUUCCAAUGGAAACGGUGCGCUCUUUCGCUCGGGACCCCGGUGCUCAAACGCGGCAACCGUCAGCGGAGGAUUUGGACGCUGCCCAGCAGUUGAUCUCAUCUGCACAGGCAGGUCGUGAACAUUUAGCAGAGCAUUAUGGAGAAUCUGCCAUCAAGAUGUCUGGAAGUCCCCCACCGCAUAGCGGUUCCGGGUUAACAGGCCUCUCAGAUGACCAGGGAAAAGUCUCUCCGCGGGCUCAAAAAGACACAUCGUUUUUAGGGCAUUCAUGCAGCAAUUGUGGAACUAAGAGCACUCCUCUUUGGCGACGGUCCCCAACCGGAGCGAUGAUCUGCAAUGCCUGCGGUCUUUACCUAAAAGCUCGCAAUGUCGCACGCCCAACGAAACGGAAUUGUGUCCAACAUGCCCCCGAUGGCCUUGAAAAACAAGCUGCCCCGGCCCCACACAUGGAUUCGAUUCCAACAUCAGGAGGUUGCGGGGGUUCCAAGGGUUCUUGCCCAGGAGGUGGAAGCUGUAAUGGCACAGGCGGUGCUGAAGGAUGCGAUGGUUGCCCAGCCUACAACAAUCGCAUUUACAAGUCUGCACCACGAGGCCCGAACCACUGGGGUCGUGCAUCCGCCGCAGACCAGGAACCGACACCUCCUCCGGUAACGACUGAGGCUCCGGCGAAAAAUGGACCGGUUGAUACUAAUGGAAGUCUGGUUGCGUGCCAAAAUUGCGGCACGACUGUGACUCCACUUUGGCGGAGGGAUGAGCAGGGUCAUCCUAUUUGCAAUGCCUGUGGUCUUUAUUAUAAGCUUCACGGCUGCUAUCGUCCCACCACCAUGAAAAAGUCAAUAAUCAAACGUCGCAAACGUGUUGUUCCCGCGCUCCGAGAUCAAUCGCCUACUGCUGCUACCCAAUCGUCCAAUGGUUCAUCGGCCUCCCCCGAAGCCUCUCCUUCAACCUUGGCACAUUCUCACGAAGAUCACUAUCGGUAUAUGAGUAAUGAGCCUGCCGACCAUUACCAUAAUAUGCCUGGAAGAGGUUCUUAUGAGGAUGCGUCCCGCCCUUUGCCCUUCGCUCCACCCCCGGUAGAUUUCACCGGUUAUGUUACCUCUGCUCCCAUACAUCACCAUCACCAGCUUCCUAAGCUUCUCGACCCGGAGCGACUCGGACACUCGCCAGUCCAUUAUGGACGGCGAUCCGUCUCCCCUAAUUCUCUCUCCCUUCCUAAAAAACGCACGCUGGCGGAGUCGACAACGGAAACACUUCCAGGCCCAGCCAGUCUCGAGUCUGGGUCAAAUCAAUUGCCACCUAUCAUGUCCGCUGUGCACCCCACUCCACCUGGUCGACUGAGUUCUAUUUCGUCCAUCUUGAACCAGGCCGAGCGACGGGACACCUCCCGUGUGGACCUUUCGCCCAUGGGCCACCCCCAGCCCUACCAGGCACCCAGCCAGCACCCACCGCAGGCCUUACCCGGUAUCUCUUCAUUUGCUGAUCAAUCAGUCGAGCGUCGAGCCCAGCUGGAGCGGGAAGCCGAACAAAUGCGUGAGGCGUUACGGGCGAAAGAGCGUGAACUUGCUCAAAUGGGCCGAUGA